AUGCGCAACACUAACGGCAGAUUUCCUUCGCCUCUUCCAGACCUCGUGGAUCUUUUGAAUCUCUGGAAACCCUUUGAUGAGCUCCCCGAUGACCACGACGAAAUCCCGAAGCAUCAGUAUUGUCUUAGCCAGCCCAGUGGCUUGACCACCGCAUCGACAAGCGACCUUGACAUAUGGCGAUACGAAGACUACCUUCGCCAGAAAUGGGCCUGUGCCGAAGCAAUGCCAGAGUCAUUCGACCCUCGCCAGCUGGAGAAUGCUAGAAAAUCCCGCUUUAAGCCUUGCAUGCGAGAGCAGGCAACAAGCCAAUCCGAAGACGGACUAUCAUCCGGCGAAGAGGAAUACGAAGACGAAGACGACGAGAGCCCCGAAGUGACACCCCUCGCACAGAAGUCUAACCUCGACACCCUCUGCCCGAGCCAAAAAAACGCCUCAACCGAGUCGCUGUGCUCGCUCGUAUCAGUGACGUCGCCCCUCGACACUGACGAGCAGCUCGAAAGCUACGAAGGUGAAGUCACCAUCAACGAAGCCUCAGUCGAGAACAUCAACAGAAUGAAGACACGACCGCGCUCCACUACCCUGAGCGUCGUCGAGCGCGUACAGUCCGACAUCCCCGAGCGGCAACCCACUCCGCGGAUACGGAGCGGUUCCAAACCGCCACUUUCGAGGAGCGCGUUCGCGAAUAGUGGUCUGCCUUGCCUGCAGGACGGGUGCAAUGGGCGGAAUAGCGCGGCUCUGCCGGCGAUGUAUCACAGGGGUCAGAAGUAUUUUCCUUAUAAGAGUAGAACGGUGAGGAUGUAG